UCUAAUCCUCCUCCAACAUCAUUCCUGUUGCUAUACAACUGAUUUAUUCGUGAUGCCACGGUCAACGGCUCUAAUCCACAGCAGACUGCGCCUUUCCCCUCCGCUCUCCUCCAAGAAAUCAGGAAACAUCCAACUUGUCGGCUUUGGACCGCAGUUUUUUUCCUCACUAAAUUCUCCCCUUGGUUGGUUUCCAGAGUCUUUUCCGUCACUUAACCUAGAUUUAACAUUUGGCGACUCGGUCUUUCAAAUGUGUUUUAGAGCCUCCCAGAGCGCGCGCUAAACAGUGUCAUUCUCACGAGCCUGCAAGCCUGAGUGCGCCCAUCCAAGGACUUUGAAAGGUGGUCUGAAAUAUGCAUUUUUUUCAGGCUGAUGUUGUGCGGUAACGUAGGAAACUACAGGCAGAGGUGGAUGCACACCUUCUGGAGCUACUCACAUCUCCGACAGGUGUGCGGCCGUGCGCAAAUCGGAUCCGGCUGCGACGCAAAUUGCGUUUAUGUUCCUUGAAGACGUCCUGGGUGCGUGUCCAACUAUUUUGGACAAAACCUCUAACAUGUGGACCCGGGACGCAUGCAACAAACAGCCCUAAACACGAGGAUGAGCCGACCCGCCACAAAUAUGGGACUUCUCGUGCUGUUCAGAUGGCUUGUAUUCACAGUUGUGGUGCCCGCCUGGCUGCUUGCUUCUCCAAGCAGCGUCCGUGAGCGUCCCUGCCCCCUGAGCUGUAGAUGUGAUGGGAAAAUAAUAUACUGUGAAUCCAAUGCUUUCCGUGAUGUGCCAAGCAAUGUGUCUGUAGGCACACAGGGCCUCUCCCUGCGCUACAACAGCCUGGCCAACCUCAGAAGCCACCAGUUUGCAGGUCUGAGCCAACUGGUUUGGCUCUACCUGGACCAUAAUUACAUCAAUGCCGUGGAUGGUCAGGCUUUCCAUGGGAUACGGAGGCUCAAAGAACUGAUCCUCAGCUCAAAUAAGAUCACACUGCUCAAGAACAACACGUUUCAUGAUGUUCCUAAUUUACGUAACCUCGACCUCUCCUACAAUAAGCUGCAGGUUCUCCAACCCAAGCAGUUUUUCGGUCUACGGAAACUUCUCAGUUUACACUUGAGGUCAAACUCCUUAAAAACCGUCCCCAUGCGAGUUUUCCUCGACUGUCGUAACCUUGAGUUUCUCGAUAUCGGCUACAACAGGCUGCGGAGCCUCACACGCAACGCCUUCGCGGGACUCAUGAAGCUCAUAGAGCUUCACCUGGAGCACAACCAGUUCUCAAAGAUAAACUUUUCCCACUUCCCCCGUCUGACUAACCUCAGGGCGCUUUACUUGCAGUGGAACCGUAUCAAACUGCUCACCCAGGGCCUGCCGUGGAUGUGGACUUCAUUGCAAAAACUGGAUGUCUCGGGGAACGAGCUCCAAGUGUUGGACCCGAGCACAUUUCAGUGUCUCCCUAAUCUGCAGACACUUAACCUGGACUCCAACAAACUGAGCAAUGUGUCUCAGGAGACUGUAGAGGCCUGGAUCUCCCUCACCACCAUUAGUUUGGCUGGUAAUUUAUGGUACUGUAAUCCCAACAUAUGUCCCCUGGCGGCCUGGCUCCAGGCCUUUAAGGGUAACAAGGAGACUACGAUGAUUUGUGCUGGUCCUAAGGAGGCUCAAGGAGAGAAAGUGACAGAUGUGGUGGAGACUUAUAAUAUCUGUACAGCAACACCUUCUCCUAUCACAACCACCACAACAACAACCACUUCCCCUCUCACUUCUAUGUUUCAGCCUGCGCUGCCUCCUCUUCCCACAUUGCCUGUGGUGGAUAAGAAGCUGAUCUGGAACAGGACAGCGUCCCCUACUCCCACCGAGGCCUCCCCCACCAUCCCUCUGCCAGACACUGAGUAUGUGUCCUUCCACAAGAUCAUAGCUGGUACUGUGGCCCUCCUCUUAUCUGUGGCUAUAAUUCUCCUGGUUAUCUAUGUGUCUUGGAAGCGCUAUCCGAGCAGUAUCAAACAGCUUCAGCAGCGCUCGGCGGUCAAAAAGCGCCAGAAAAAGGCGCGGGAGACCGAGCGCUCCCUUAAUUCACCACUGCAAGAGUACUAUGUGGACUACAAGCCUUCACACUCAGAGACUAUGGAUGUGCUGGUUAAUGGGACAGGACCUUACACAUACACCAUCUCAGGCUCCAGGGAAUGCGAGAUUCCGGGCCAGCUGAGUGCUCUUACGUUGUACAGGUGUGAGCAGUCGGUUCUGGAUUAUUGCCAUGCCCACCUGUCGCUGCACCUCAAUAUGGGCAUGGAGCCCCCGACUCAGGCACUGGGAGAUCCGAGGUCAGCCAGGUACCACCCGGGGAUAAUGGCUGCCCUCCCCUCUGAGCCUGUGCUGCCUUGCCCCCAGACCCACUCCCUCCACCAGUGAGCUGGGGCAAAGAGGCUCCAGACUCCUGUAUGUAUGCUGCACAGUCAUUGGACCACUCCGAAAAAAAAUGCAAGGCUAUGUGCGAGAAACUGGAACUGGUCAAGAAGCAAAGGAGACAAUUAAUCUUCCUGGACUGAGAGUAAUGAAAAUGAAAAUAUUUCUCAGUGGAAAUAAAGGGUUGCAGCGGUAUCGAUUUGUGAGCCUCUCACCUACCUGACCCUCAGUGUCCUCAAUUAGCAAAGGAGGCUGAGCAGCAGCAUGACUUUCCACGUUCUGCUCUGCCUCCUGAGGAGUAUUAAGGAUAAUAAUUUAAUGAUUUGUUAAUCUUAUUAAACAUUUUUCCUCAGCUUCUCCUCGUCCUGGCAACUCUCUGCUGCGUCAGGUAAAGUAAUCACAUGCAAAAUGGUAAGAAGAGAGCGGGGGAACAGCAUGAUAAGUAAUUGAGUAGCAGAACAAAUGAAAGAUCAGCCAAGCUAAAAGGUUUGCCGCUGCUUUUUCUGAUCAGGUUGUCAGUCAGAGGUCUCUCUCCAACUCAAAUCCCCUGUUGCAUUUUUUCAUCUCCAGAAAGGAGACGCCCUAAUGAAAUCACCCAAGACGAAGGAAAGAAGAAAAUAACGGACUUUAAUUGUCAUAUAAAAUGUACAGCCUACACAUCUUGCCGGCAGUAAGUUGAAUUUACAUGGUGACUUUUGAUUUCCUAAAUGAUUUGGGAUGUUUAUCACAUCAUAACUUAAUUAAUCAAGCUGAGAAAUAAACAAAAUAAACAGUAAGUUCAGAUCUGGAUGCACUGGGAUUUCUGAUGUUUACUUUACAUCAUCCAUUUAAAUCACUCUUGUAGUUAAUGUUUUUUUUUUAAGUGUGUUCUUCUACCAACUUUCUGAUUGUGCACUCAUAUAUCUACAUGUGUGUGCUUUUUACAAGAUGUUACAAUAUAAUAUAUGGUCAAUAAACUGUGGUAACUGACCGGUACUGGUGUCAUUCCUCAAGAUCAGUGGUUUAAACUCAAACACUGUCUGCGUCGGUGUUUGAGACUGAAGCACUGAAGGCACGACUGAUUAUGUGUCUGUUUUUACUGAUCAAGACCCUGAUGGUAACGUUGCAUUUCUCUCCCCUUGUUACUGUUUGUUACUGUUAUCGUGACCAAAU